AUGGGUUCCGAUGCCUUCCCCGCGUCCACUUGGUUCCUGGUUCCUGCGCCGACAAGGGAUCCUGCGCUCCUGAGUUUCUGCGCCCGUUUAUCUGAAGGAGCUGGUUUGUUGGAAAAUGGUCCUCUGAAUGCAUCUGUUGGAGGGGCAGUGAUAUUCAGAACAAAUAGGCCUCCAACAGAAGAACCAUUUUUUAUGGUGGAUUGGAAAUUUUAUGAGAAUGUGCCAAUUAUAACCUCUGUGCCUACUCUAAACAAUACUGCACCAGAUUAUGAAGGCAGGAUCACCCUCUUCUCAUCUACUGGAUCUCUAGAGCUAAGGAACCUGACACUCAAUGACAAUGGGAUGUACAGAGUUAGCAUUUUACCAGUUGGAGAAAACACACAAGCAGGAUCCACCAGACUGGACAUAUAUGAACCAGUAGUCAAUGUAACAGUUACUCCACCAACUGCAGAUGUGGUUGAGUUCAGCUCUGUCAGAGUCUUCUGUUCCUUCUCUGGAUCUUCUCUCUCCUUUCUCUGGAUGAACGGCAGCUCUGAGAUUACAGCCAAUGACAGAAUCCAGCUCAACAGAACUGAUGGAGGAUCAUACCUAACUAUACUCAAUGUGACCCAGUAUGAUCAAGGAACAUACACCUGCAAUGUUUCCAAUCCUGCCAGUUUUAAAAACGAUUCAAUGACUCUCCUUGUAAACUGUAAGUAA